UUGGUACUUUUACAAUAGGAUUUAACACGAUAGAUUUAGAAUAACGUUACUUAUCAACUUUGAAAAUAUAAUUAUAUCAUAACUCCGCUAUAAAUAUCACUAACAAAUAUGUUUGCUUAUGUAAGAUAUAUAGAAGACGGGUGUAAAGACAUCGUCCCUAUUUCUUACAUUAAGGACUUUGACAGCAACUGUGAUAAUAGCAAUAAGAUCUACUGGGUGCGCUGGCAGGAGGACUAUUUUAAAGGCCAAAUAUUGUUCCUGAAGGAGUCGAGAGAAAGAGCAGCUGUCCAAGGGGAAACGCGUCCGUGUGAGACGGCUGAAGGAGACCACAGCCCCACCGGCACCCCCGAGAAAGAGGAAGCCAAAAACAUAAAUAAAAAUCUGAAAAAAGCAGCAGGAGAGGCAAAAAAAACCAACCUCAUGGCCUUACUUAAGGAAAGAAAAAUGAAAAAAAAACUGUCUCCGCUCUGCCCACCUCCAAGCAAGAAAAUGAGAGAGCAUAUCUUAUCAGAUACGUUCUCCGAAGCAGACGACAACGAUGAUGAUGAUGAUGAUGAUGGUGGUGGGGUUGUUCCUCAAAAACUUUUUGAGGAUGCAAAACAAAAACAACGCCUCUACCUCAAGAAAUUUAAUGAUGUGUCCCUUCAACUGCAGGAAACCAAAAACAAGUUGUCGGACCAGGAGAAGAUCACAGCAGCAGUCGAGGCUGAGAAUAGCACACUACGAGCGCUAAACAUACAACUGCAGCAACAUUUGCUGAAAUCACUGAACUCUGUGCAAUGCAAUGAUCCUGUAUCACAAAGCCCAGAGAAGGCCUUAAAAAUUGCAGAGUCUGGCUGUGCAGAUGAGGUGGGACCAUCUGCUUCUCCCAAAGGAGACGAGAUUCACUUGGGAGGGGAAGUAAGAAUUCGAAAAGAGACGUGGUCCAGGAUCCAGAAUAGCACCAGGGAUUCGUUAUUUGUGAAAGAGUUGGCAGUGGCGAUGUGGGGCACUAAAACCCUGGGGGAAAGGAGCCUCACGGGGAAAGAAUGCCCCACCACCAAAACCACCAGGCAGCCUUUAACCCCACAGAAACUACACACAUUAAAAGGUAGGAGUAGCCACAAGGUCUUUGUGGGAUGCCAUUUUUCUUUGUUCUGGUGUGACACUGUAUCUGUGUAUUUCUUUUCAGUCUGUUACAAGGAGUGGCUGCGUCGGAAGAAUCUGGAGGAGACGGAGACGCAGGCCAGAUGGGGAAAGGCUGGACGUUUCAUAACUGAAAAAAUUAUGGACAUUAACAAACAAACAAAAAAAAAGCCACUUCAGUGAGAAUAAGAGCACUCAAAGUGCCAUGCAAUGUAAGGGUACUUAAGUUUUGUUCAUUUUGACGAUGUUGUGAUUUGCUUGUUUUUUAUGUUAAACAGUAAUUGUUUAUUGGUUCUUGUUAUUAUUAAAUGAAAAUACUGUUUUGAAAACA